AUGUCUUCCGUCUUUGAUCACUCUGACUCUGCUAGUGCUAUUGACAUCGGUCACAGCACAGGCCAUCUGGAUGAUCCUAACUCUGUUAUCGAUACAGAAGCCACCUCGUCGCCGGCACCAUCGUCCUCGCCAGCUCUUACCGCUCCCCGCCCUAGGACAUCUCCCAUUUGGCAGUACUGUCGAAGAGAAGAAGGCAAGGCUGUCCCGGCGGCCUGGGUUGAUUCCAACGGAACAAAAUGGUGGCAUUGCCAGCCAUGCUUUGAUAAGAAAAGACCAAAGAGGUACAAUUACUCUGGAGGGUCGUCCGUCAUCGUCAAUCACUUGCGAAAGGAGCACCAUAUCAUGAUUGCUGGAAGACAGGAGUCUAGGCGGGAAGUAACGCAAAGUCGCCUUGGAGAUAUCACUGCCUUCCUGGCCAAAGAUACGCCUUCCUUAAUCAAGAAACGCAAGGCGACCGCAGAGGAGGAUGCUCUGGACCAGGCCACACUGCGCGAAUUGUACUGCCGCUACACAGUAGCCUGCAGCCUCCCCUUUGCUCAUGCCGAGCAACCAGCCUUUCGUGACCUAAUCCGGUAUAUUCGCCCGGCUUCCGAUGAUCUCCUCCCAAGGUCUGGCGAUACGGUUAGGACCGACUUGCAAAGGGCCUACAUCAACAAGGAGUUUGUUAAAAGGGCCUUGCAGAAUGCCCUCUCGUCGAUUCACGUCGUCCCCGACAAUUGGACAUCGCCAAAUUGUUUAGGAGUAAUAGGCUUCACUGUUCAGUUUGUCACUGAAGAUCACGGUUUGCUGUCCCUUGUGGUGAGGAUAAAAGAAUUAGAAGGCCAGCACAGCGGCGAGAACAUGGCAGAAGCAAUCAUGGAGUUCAUACGAGAAUACGGAAUAGCCUCAAAGGUGGGAUACUUCAUGAUGGAUAAUGCCAGCAAUAUGAACACCAUGAUCGACAAGGUUUCCGACGACUUGGAACGUGAGUUUGACGUUUUCUACGAUCCUCUUCCUCACCGACUUCGCUGUUUCGGCCACAUAAUCAGCAUGGCCGUGAUGGAAUUUCUCAUCGGAAAACGACCGCCUACAACAAACCCCUACCACGGGCCAUCCAACGAGGGAGUCGAGCAGUGGAGAAAGCGAGGGGCAAUAGGCCAACUGCACAAUAUCGUAGUCUAUAUCACUUGGACCCCACAACGGCUCCAAACAUUCACCACUCUCAGCGACGGUCUCAGACUGCGACGUGAUAAUGACACCCGCUGGAACUCGUGGUAUGGAAUGGUUGAGUGGGCUCUCCGGCCCAAAGUACGGCAGGCCAUCACCAUAUUUUGUGCGCAAGAGCCGGCUCUGCAGGACGAUGCUCUGACCCCGUCUGACUGGGCAACUUUGGCCGAGAUUCACAAAUUCCUCGAACCAUUUUACGAUGCUACAAUAGCCAACGAAGGCAUGAGAGAUUCCAUCUCGGACAUUCUGCCUACCAUGGACUAUCUCCUGCAUCACAUUGAGGCUGCCAGGAAGGCCACCGCCCUUCCCCACUUGGCUGCAAUGAUGGAGACUGCCUGGGCUAAACUGGCCGACUACUACGAAUUGACGGAAGACUCACCAGUCUAUUCGGCAGCGACAGUAUUAAACCCGUCUCUUAAGUGGGCAUAUAUGGAGAAGACUUGGGAGGACAAAAUUGAAUGGAUUGAGAGAGCUAAAGCUCGCGUAGGGCAGUUGUGGAGGGAGACGUACAAAUCAACCACCUCCUGCCCAGUUCUUCGUCCGGGCUCCGCACAACAGACAACUACAAGGCGACUAAACGGAUACAAAAUGUGGAUGAAAGAGCAAAGGGCCACUAUUUUCAACAUGGAUGACGACGAGUACGAAGUGUAUUGCCGUGAACCUGUGAUGAUGGUAUCAGAUCCGUUGAAAUGGUGGUUAGAGUCAGCGCAGCGCCGACGGUUUCCUAACUUAUCUUUGAUGGCCAUCGACAUUCUAUCGAUUGCGCCCAUGUCUACGGAGACAGAGCGACUUUUCUCCAAAGCCAAACUUUCGGUAACCGACCAGCGAGGAUCUAUGAAUGUUGAAACGUUGAAUCUAUUGGAGUGCCUACGAUCCUGGGAUUGUAGUGCUCUAAUUAUUCCGUCAGAGAGCCAUUAUGUCGGCCAGACAGACGCAGAUGUCAUCAUUGAUACAGUGGAAUCAGGAACUUGA